CUGGACUGAGCUCACAGCUCCACAUCAGUGGAGCUCACUCACUCUCAACCUCUCCGUGAGUGAGGCAACCUCUCUUUUUCUUUCUCUCUCUUCCUCUGUCUGUCUCCUUUCCCUUCUUUCUUUGUCGGAUCUACUUAGGAUUGGAUUUUUCCCUCAAAAAACAACAUUCAAAACAGGACUUUGGAUUAUUAGUUUCUUUUGUCUCCGACGCAGGAAAUGGAGAAUAUUGUUAAUAGGUUCUGUUAGGAGUCCGACACAAGUGGACUCGUUUUUUUUAUUAUUAUUAAUAUUUUUUUUAAUAACAUUUUUAUUCCUGAUGGUCAAACGCCCCCUCAGGAUGAGCUUGCAGGGGAGCAGCCUGGUGGCCCCCUGCACCCGAAGAGUCGCGCACAAGCGCCUGGACUCAGAUGAUCAGCCGCCGGCUAAAUGCGCAAAGCUGAUCGCAGAUUCAGGGGACCCGCAGGGACUCCUCGGCACGUCCCCCACCUCACCGGUCAGCCUUGCGGUCAAUCCGAUCCCCUCGACCCACCAGGGACCUUCCAGGAUAGGCGCAUUCCUGCUGCUGCCCCUGGCGGACCGGGAGAGCGCGCACGGCGCGAUGAACACCGACACCGGCGAUGAGCUGCUGUGCAAGGUGUUUGAUAUGGGGAUGUAUCAGGAAAAGAUCAGAGCCUACAGCGUUCUGCCGCCUCACAGGAACAUUGCCGGCAUCAAGGACAUCAUACUUGGGGAGAGCAGGGCCUACGUCUUUCUGGACAAGGACUUUGGGGACAUGCACACCCUGGUGAAGAGCUGCAGACGCUUGGAGGAGGAGCAGGCCCGCAGGCUGUUCCAGCAGGUUGUCCUGGCCGUGGCGCACUGCCACCAGGCUGGCAUUGUGCUGGGCGACCUCAAGCUUCGCAAGUUUGUCUUUGCAGAUGAGAAAAGGACACACGUGAGACUUGAGAGCCUUGAGGACUGCCGCAUCCUUGAGGACCCCACCAAAGACUCUAUGUCAGAUACCCACGGUUGCCCUGCCUAUGUCAGCCCUGAGAUCCUCAGUGGCCCCACUCCGUACUCUGGCAAAAUGGCCGACAUGUGGAGCCUGGGGGUCAUGCUCUACACCAUGCUGGUGGGUCGCUACCCCUUCCAUGACCCAGACCCCGCAACUUUGUUUUCCAAAAUCCGCAGGGGGCAGUGCUGCUUGCCUGAGGGCCUGUCACCUAAGGCCAAGUGUCUGCUUCAGAGCCUGCUAAGGAAGGAGCCUUCAGAAAGACUAACAGCAACUGAGCUACUCGCUCACCCGUGGUUCCACCUGCCGUCAUCACCCCAGGAUGCAUCGUUUGGCGAACAGGAGGCGAGCUCGGCAGAACAGACCGUGCCGUCAUUUGAAGUGGAGGAGGAUGAGGAUCUCUUCUGCUGACAGACUCGUUCAAGAGUCUGAUUGAGAGACCAAAACAGAACUUGCUCUGACUGGAGUCAUCGUCGUUUUUGUACAUUGGCACUUUUUCAGAAACCCAUUUGUGUACUGUUGUGUGUACAUACAACCUCAAGCUUUCUACAGAAACUCACUGUACUGUACUCUGAUGUCUUGUAUGUGUUACUUUGCUAAGGGCAUUGCUCACAAUGGUCAUUCGUUGUGCAUUUUAAAACAAUAGAUGGUGCUAAAAAGAAUCACAGUGAUUCAGACUUUGUCAGAUUGAUUUCAAAGAAUAUCCUCUGCAGGCUUCUUGGAGUUUGUCGUAUGAAUAUAAAACCCCUCUAUCUCCAGGCCAGCACUCAUGUGGCUUCACACAGCAUUAGCUGAAUCUUAAGUGCCGUGGCCAGGGUUGUUGGUCCUCUCUUUCUCUGGCCAGGCUGUGGCUGACUCAACGGUCGACUCGAGGAUGGCCUGAGCUUGAGCCCGACGUCCUCGAGCAGACAGUGACACAGAGCAGGAAAGAUGGUUAGGAAGGGACUCGUGUGUCACACUCAGCGUGACACCACGGAGGUGUCUCACUGCCAAUCUGGCACCGUCUGAGCGAGCGGAGAUCACUUUGCAAAUCUCACACCAUGUGCAGAAGGUUGAGAAAGGCAGGAUGUUGCUGGUGUAAGACUUGCCACGCUCAGUCAGCAACUAAUAGUGACACCAGGUCUGACAGAAGUCCUUGUAAAAAAACAAACAGAGGGGAGAUUUUAUCUAAUUUAUGAUGAGUUAUAUAAAGAAAGGUACACCUGGUGAGAAACUGUCUAAUCAAAUGCUGCAGCCAUUGUAGCCACAACUGGGCAUGGGCCAGUAUGAAAUUAUUACACUACAAAACUAAGUAGUAGUAUUUAAAGGAUAGGCCUAUUAAAAGAAAAAAAAAUACAAAUAUCAUUGAUAUGAUCUUGAAAUGACUAUUAUUAUAAUCUAACAGAAAGGACCCCCUGAUUUCAGUCAUAGUUCUGAAGCACUCUUUGCAGAUAAGAUUGUCCAUAUUGGCUAUCUGGGUAUGGAGCUAAGUUAUCUGCUAUGCAAACUUGUUUGCAGGCAGUUCUUAAGUACACCUGUAAACAUUAUUACAUUCUCAGAGUUAAAGCUGGUAUUUUGUAAGGUUAAACUGCAUUGCUUGCUGUUUUACUAGCUGGUAAAAACAAACACUCAGUUUAUUUUGUUUGUUUUGCAGAAAGGAAAAGGUAAUAGCAGCCUUAUUUUGUUAUUUUGACUAGCUGACCAGGGGGAGCAGCAAUACAUGAGGGAUGGGCAGCAUUGCCCUGCUUUAUGCUCCUACAGCAACAUAAAGCUUAAUCUAUGCUGGUACUUUUUCUUAAAAUGAAUUUAAAUCAUAAAAACAUUCUGAUUGUUUUAUUUUUGAGGUCUUAAAAAUCAGACAUUUUGAAACUUGGUGCAUUUGAUACCAAUAAUAGACCCACGCGUUGUUAACAGUGACUCUAAAACAAAUGCCUAUAUUUUUUCAGGUAAUGUUUUAAGCAUAAAAAAUACAACAUUUUUCUCA